GAAUUUUAGGAAAAGAGUUCCAAAGUAACUCGAGGGUUUAUCAUAUUAGACUGUUCUGAUCAGCUUCCUUUUAAAACCCUCUUUUCACAAUCGCACAUCGCUUCUGAGGCGGACGAAGGUAUGGGAAUGGCGCAACGCUUAAAAUCUAGUCUCCCACUGUUUCGUAGACUCCAUACUUAUCCCCCUGCCCAGAAACCUAAGCUUCAAUAUUCGCUUUUCUCCUCUAGUAUGGGCUAUUCUACUGCCGCUCCCCCUAAGAAGGACAGCGUUCUUAAGGGAAGAUUAUUGACUGGAUCGAUGAUAGGUUUACUUAUAGCUGGCGGAGCUUAUGUUAGUACAGUUGAUGAAGCAACAUUCUGUGGUUGGUUGUUCUCGGGGACAAAACUAGUAAAUCCAUUUUUUGCGCUGUUGGAUCCAGAAGUUGCUCAUAGACUGGCUAUCUCUGCAGCUGCUCGUGGAUGGGUUCCUAGGGAAAAAAGGCCAGAUUCUACUAUACUAGGACUGGAAGUAUGGGGAAGAAAAUUCUCGAAUCCAAUUGGCCUUGCUGCUGGAUUCGAUAAAAAUGCUGAGGCUGUUGAAGGUCUGCUUGGUCUAGGUUUUGGCUUUGUAGAAGUUGGCUCUGUUACUCCUGUUCCUCAGGAGGGUAAUCCAAAGCCUCGUAUCUUCAGAUUGCGGGACGAACGAGCAAUAAUCAACCGUUGUGGCUUCAAUAGUGAGGGUAUACAUGCUGUUGCUAAACGUUUAGGCGCACAACAUGGCAAGAGGAAGCUUGACGAAACUUCUAGCACGGCCAUUACUGCAAAGGAUGAGGGUAAAACUGGAGGAAAAGCUGGACCUGGAAUUCUUGGUGUCAACCUUGGCAAGAAUAAGACCAGCGAAGAUGCUGCUAGUGACUAUGUACAAGGAGUGCACACACUAUCCCAGUAUGCGGAUUACCUGGUGAUAAAUGUAUCCUCACCGAAUACACCAGGACUCCGCCAGCUUCAAGGAAGAAAACAGCUUAAGGAUCUUGUAAAGAAGGUUCAAGCUGCUCGUGAUGAAAUGCAAUGGGGGGAUGAAGGUCCUCCUCCACUGCUUGUGAAAAUUGCCCCAGACUUGUCUAAACAGGAUCUCGAAGACAUAGCCGCGGUUUCCCUGGCUCUCCAAGUAGAUGGGCUGAUUAUUUCAAAUACAACUAUCUCAAGACCUGACUCAGUCAGCCAAAAUCCUCUGUCGAAGGAAGUUGGUGGUUUGAGUGGGAAGCCUCUGUUCGACUUGUCAACCAGUGUCCUGAAGGAAAUGUAUAUCUUAACACGGGGGAAGAUCCCUUUGAUUGGUUGUGGUGGAGUUGGAAGUGGUGAAGAUGCUUACAAAAAAAUACGUGCUGGAGCUACAUUAGUUCAGCUCUAUACUGCAUUUGGAUAUGGAGGACCUGCCCUUAUUCCUCAGAUGAAGUUGAUCUUUUCUUUAGGUUGAAUUGGCUGGAUGUUUGGAGAGGGAUGGCUACAAAUCGAUCCGCGAAGCUGUUGGUGCUGACUGCAUAUAAAAUUUGGGUGGACCAAGCGAGUACUGAUAGUGCUAAACUCUACAAAGUCUGUUGCUGAGGUUUUCAGGCAUGCAAGCGGAAGGCAAGUCUUGCACAAGGAAAGUUCAAUAACGAGGCGCAUAUUUAAUUUUGUUCCCAUUACAAGUAAUUAUUUUAGCCCUUGCCAACAUUUUUCUUUUUGGGUUUUGGGGAUUCUUGCUGGAACCUGAAAUUUUGAUAAAAUGAACUAGAUUUGGGUGAGAAAUUUUGACAGCAACAUGUAAAUGAUACUACUACAUUAGAGCAUUCUGUGAUAAAAGCUAUAGGGUUUUUGUGUAGGAUUUUGAUUAGUUGAUUGUUGUCAUUGGUGCAUAAAAGAUCAUCUCAUUGGAGAUGUUCUAGUUUUUGCUCAAGUUUAUACUUGAUGUAAUACCACAUUGUUAUAGCAUUUUGAGUGUUUGUAAA